CGCGUCUUGCCAUCGCGCGCAUUUGGCUCUUGACGCGUCGGACUGAUGAAGCCAUGGACGAUGAGAGACUACUAUGAUACUAUAAUGCUAUAAAUGGCCGCCCGCCAGGCCAUCCGGCCACACUGCUGUCACUGUUGAAUGCUGCCCUACCUUAUUGACAGAUCCGCAAAAUGGGCCCUGUACCAGUUCCCGCGAACUGUGUCAGUUUGAGCGACGCGUUUGAGCGGAGCGCUGGCGCUCCGUACCAGGUCAUCGGCGUGUGCGUGGAUUUUCUCCCGGCUACAAAGUCCAAGGGCUCAGAUUAUGCUAUUAAAUUCAAAUUGCGCGAUCAAACCUGGUUCAACGGCCUGGGGAUGCCUUUUCGCUGUUUCUACAAGCAAGAAAACGCGCUGCCUGCGAUCGAGAACCAAGGCGAUGUGGUGAUCUUACGCAACUUCUCGACCAGGAGUAUCCAUGGCGAGAAACUCGGCUUCUCCAACAGUUACUCCGGUUCAAAGUGGGUUGUUCUACCAUUCGAGGCUUUGGAGACUUGCACUUCUGUAUCGGACAUGAGAAGCAAGGCCCGGUGGAGUGGUCAACACAACUCCUUCUAUGCUCAGCCCGCAAACUUGUUCACCGAGGAAGAGCUUCGGUACGCCCGAUAUCUUGCACAGCAUGAAGACCAGGGCUCGUGGCGGCCACUAACCGCUUCCACCGCUCUGCAGCGCGCUCAUAUCAAAAUCAGCAGUGGCGGAAACCCUCUGCCUGCUGACAUGAAUAAGAGAUUUAGACUGAUAAAGGACCUGGAGGCGCCGAACCCCCAUUACUUUGUGGAGCUCCUAGGGGAAGUGCGCAAGAUAUUCUGGAAGUACCACGAUAGACCGGAACUGCAACUGACUGACUACACGUCGAAUCCACAUUUGUUCAACUAUCGUUACGAUCACACUGAAGACGGCGCUGCUGAUGAUCCCCAUAAGUGGCCGGGGCCUUGGGGAAGAAUGAACCUAACGGUUACCCUAUGGGACUCUCAUGGAGCAUACGUACGCGAUAACGACGUUGGGCCGGGGACCUUCCUAUGCCUGCGGAACGUACAGAUCAAGAUGGAUAACGCCGGAACACGACUGGAGGGAAAAUGUCGAGGAGACCCGACCGUGCCCUCCAGAGUGAACGUCCAGGUGGUCAAGCCGUCCAGUGCAACACACGAUGAGCGCAUGAAAGCUCUCCUGUCGCGGAAACGCGAGUAUGAAGCAAAAGCCAAAACAGAAAAUAUCCGUUUCUUACGCAAUGCGCAACCUGGGACAAAAAGACUGAACGACGGCGACGGAACUGAUGAGCCGAAGGGCAAAAAAGCCAGAAUGAAAAACCGCAAGAAAAAGGAGAGAGCAAAAGCUGAAGCGCGACAACGAUCGGAGCAGAUCUUGGGCCCCGACUCCAAGAGAUUUGUGAAUGAGCCGAAUCCAAAUGUUCGUUGUGAGAAGGUCGACGUGCCCUGCAAAACAGUUGCCGACAUCCUCGACCCUGAGUUGCUUGUGCGCAAAACACCCAAAGGCACCCCCUUCAGCCUCCCCUUUCAGAACUGCAAAUACAAGGCGAACGUACGGGUUGUGGAUUUCUUUCCCGACAACAUCGCCGAUUUUGCUGUGCCUCGGAAAAUUUCACAGUAUGACUAUCUUUCAGGCGCUGACGACUCCGCUGACUCGGACACCGACCUUACGCAAGAUAAUGGAGACGGGGUGAGCUGGGAAUGGCGCUUCUUCCUUCUCGUCGAGGAUGCGCGGCUACCUGUGGUUGGAGGCAAAGAACCUGCGCGGAUGGAGCUGUUGGUUGCCAAAGAGGAUGGAGACUAUCUCCUCGACAUGGAGGCCUGCAAUUUGAGGGAUAAGAGCAAUGCCAAGGAACUCGCAAUGGUCAAGGAGAAGUUGUUCCAUCUCUGGGGUGACCUUCAGGAGAAAAAGGCAGAGACCGCCACCGCCGAGGCGUCGGCCAUAAAACCCAACGCCAGACCCUUCCAGUGCCAUAUCAAGGAAUAUGGGGUGCCAACGCGCAGCAUGGUCGGACGGCCCAAGGACAGCUUGUCCUAUGAGAGAAUUUUCCGGAUGUUUGGGACAAGAAUUCUUUGAGCGCAGCUCUUCUUUACAGUACCCCGUAAAUGAGAGGCGAGACCGAACCCGACUAUGAGAAGGGCUAUUCAAUCUUUGCGCCCGAAGUUUGCCCUGUCACCAAUAUCACGAUCGACGAACACGCUAAUUCGAAGAGGCAACAUAUCUGCGGUCGUUGACUGAGAUCAGUGACACCUGCCGCAAGAGGAAGGUGUUGAGAUUCACCGAUCAUUUCUGCUGGGAACACGCCGGGAGUGGAAAACCCUUGCUGUGAGCCGUGAGCUUUUCUUUUCUGAGGAUAUCACCCCGAAGUACGUUUAACAGCUGGCCAUGACACUUGUACGCCACCUCCCGGACGUACAGAAGUGGCUUACAUGCACGGACAUCGAGGGUCGUGCUGCCAUCCAUCAAUAGCACGUUUGAAAUUCAGCCGCUGAUGCAACUAUGCACCACGAUCAGCGUUUCGACCGACGGGCAUAUAAGCUUUCCGUGCCAUUCACGUGGAGUAUGUGUCUUCCAGGCCAGCCGCCUAUGGCCGGACCAACAAUGGCGUUGUAGUGACCGACAAUGGAAAUGACCAACCAGGUAAUGUCGGCAUGUUCAUCGUCCAUACGUGGAAAGGGUGCAUGAAGGCGGCUAAACACCCAUGGUAGCCCCAUGGUAGCUUUGGACUGGAGUCAGUGAGCAUUUUUGCUUUGAAUCGCUACCGAUAUCGAACAGCAGAUUGUUUGGCCGCCACUUAUCUUCUGUUGGCUCCAGCUAACUGAACCGCAUCUUCGGAACCAUAUUAUAACCCAGCGACUCCCUUUGCUCUGAACUGACUGGGAAACCGGGGGCCCGAACGACAAAUUUCGACAAACAGAAAUGUAUGGGCCCUGUGUGACAACACAAAUGAAUGAUCACACAUUGAGUAUCUGUGAGCGGUCACUAGGCCGAGUCCUGUCCGAAGAGUCCAGCAACAUUGCUGGUGAGGCACUAAUUCAAGAUGGCGGCAGCAAGCCCAUGAGCCCAAUAAGAAUGAUGGCCCUUCCGCAUAAAGGAAGGAUACAUGGGUGUCUCCUGCAACGCCGCGUGGUUUUUAGCCUCCAGUAAGAUCCUGAGCAGUAAUUAACACAGGACGUACAGUUGUACUCGUAAGCGACGCUACUGCUUAAGCCACAUAGCGUUAGACAUGACAAGGCCCUUUGGACAAGGAAUGGCAGCCGAUUGUGGGGAUGGCGCCGACGACUAUCUUACCUGCGUCGGUUACAGGGCUCAUCGUUCAUCCCGCCGUCUCAUGACCUCCCCAGAUUUGCCAAUCAGUUUCCGGAUAGCGCCGACAAAUGAAGCAUCUCUCGCUAGUACGAGUAUGGGGCUGUGCACACUGCACAACUUUGAAGGGCCCGCCGUGAUUUUCUCUUUGAGUUCUUGAGAAAAGAUAAAGUUAGUUUGCAGUCG